AUCAAUUCCUGUCUAUGUUUAUAUACAUACGCCGCAAGAAAAUAGUCCCAUUAUAAAUUUUAAUAUUUCGCUAAGAAGACAUUAUUAAAUUUUGAACGUAUUGUAACAAACGAGUAUUUCGUCGUUUAUAAAAAAUAAAGAUAUCGAAGUUGGGGGAUUACAUUUGUAUAAAUUUUUAGUUGUAAUAUUGGCUCACCGGUUAACCUUCUUUUUUGAUUCCAUAUCUGAAGAGGAACUAUACAUUAUCAUUCAUAUACUUUAUCAUUUUAUAAAAAAGAAAUUCUUAUUCAGACGAUAUGGAGGUACUCAAUGAUUGUGCUGCCUAUUUAAGCAAUUAUGAAGUUUUGGAUAUGCUUCAAAAUAUAAAGUCAAAUAAGAAACAAAAAAUGACUCAGAAUCAAUUAGCAACUAUUACUUAUCAAACAAUAAGGUAUUUGGAAGAUACGCCUUGUAAGAAACAGUCUCCAGAAAAAAUCAGAAAGUUUUUACAAUCAAUGGAACCUUUUAAUUUGACAAAAUGUGAAAAGUUGACUUUGUUAAAUGUUUGUCCUAAGACAGCUCUUGAAAUACAAUUGAUUGUAGAGGACAGUGAAGAUCGUUUAAGCAACGAAGAAGUAGAAUCAUUAUUGGAAACAAUUCAAAAUUGUUUGGGAGAACAAGAAAAUGAACAGGAAACAGAAACAGGGUAAUAGUGAACCAUUCAAUUUCUGAAAUGUCAUCUAUAGAAUCUUCAUCGAUCUGAAAGUAAAUAAAAGUAUAUAAAAAAAUA